CUCGCUCACUCUGACAGCGCCGAGGUGCGCCGAGCAGGAGCCGGGAACAAAGGAGCCAAGUGGGGAGGGGAGCGGGUCUGGGGAGGGAGAGCCCCGGCCGGUUGCCAGAAGAUCCCGGCAGGAGGAAGCCCGAGUGUCAGUUGAAUUCCAUCCAAGGACCAGGCGCCUGGGACCCGAGCGCCUUGUUUAGCAAUAACGGCUGGAGCACCUCCUCCAAGUUACGGGAGAGUCUGCGGUGCAGGAGGACCCACGCCUGCCCUCUUGCCCCCCACUCCUGGCGCCUCUGGUCCCCAGUCUUCCCUCCCGCGGGAAGUGGAGAUACAGAAUGAAAAGCAAGAAAGGUGUCGUUGCAGCAUCCGGCAGUGAGACUGAGGAUGACGACAACAUGGACAUUCCCCUGGACCUUUCCUCUUCAGCUGGCUCAGGCAAGAGAAGGAGAAGGGGCAAUUUGCCCAAAGAAUCUGUUCAGAUUCUCCGGGAUUGGCUGUACGAACACCGAUACAAUGCUUAUCCCUCAGAACAAGAAAAAGCAUUACUGUCCCAACAAACACACCUAUCUACACUACAGGUCUGUAACUGGUUCAUCAACGCCCGCCGCAGGCUCCUCCCUGACAUGCUGAGAAAGGAUGGCAAAGAUCCAAAUCAGUUCACAAUUUCCCGCCGUGGGGCCAAGAUUUCUGAAGCUGGCUCUGUGGAGUCAGCCAUGGGCAUCAAAAACUUCAUGCCAGCUCUAGAGGAGAGCCCAUUUCAUUCCUGCACAGCUGGACCAAACCCCACCCUAGGGAGGCCACUGUCUCCUAAGCCGUCAUCCCCAGGAUCAAUUUUGGCUCGGCCAUCAGUGAUCUGCCAUACCACGGUGACUGCAUUGAAAGAUGUGUCUUUCCCACUCUGUCAGUCAGUAGGUGUGGGACAAAACACAGAUAUACAGCAGAUUGCAGCCAACAAUUUUACAGACACCUCUCUCAUGUACCCAGAGGACACGUGUAAAUCUGGACCAAGUACAAAUACACAAAGUGGUCUUUUCAACACUCCUCCUCCUACCCCACCGGACCUCAACCAGGAUUUUAGUGGAUUUCAGCUUUUAGUGGAUGUGGCGCUCAAAAGGGCUGCAGAGAUGGAGCUUCAGGCAAAACUUACGGCUUAACCCUUUUUCAGGCAAAACAGUUCUCAAAAAUGUCAUGAUUGCCGGGGUGAUGGCAAGAGAUGAAUUGCAUUAUUUUAUAUAUUUUUUUAUUAAUAUUUGCACAUGGGAUUGCUAAAAUGAAGCUUCCUGUUACUGAGGUGUCUUCAAUGGAAUACAGUCAUUCCAAGAACUAUAAACUCAAAGCUACUGUAGAAACAAAGGGUUUUCUUUUUUAAAUGUUUCUUGGUAGAUUAUUCAUAAUGUGAGAUGGUUCCCAAGAUCAUGUGAUUUUGCCUCCCUUUUCUUUUUUUUUUUGUUGUUGUUUUUUCAGACUGUGCAAUACUUAGAGAACUUAGAGCAUCUUCUCAUUCCUAUGUGGAACAGGAUGCCCACAUACUGUCUAAUUAAUAAAUUUUCCAUUUUUUUCAAACAAGUAUGAAUCUAGCUGAUUGAUGAUGCCUUUUUUCAUGACAUAAUAAAAUAUUUUCUUUAAAAAUUAUUGUAAUGCAGAGUAAUUUGUUGAGGGAGGUGCUUUUUAACAAGAAGUAGGAAUAUAUUACUCCAGUGAGCAGGAAGUUGGGGUAGGGUGGAGUGUGAGUUGGGGGUGUCAUCGCCUCUUCAGAGAAUCAUGGACAACAAGUCAGUGUGUAUAAACAGGAUGUGUGAUAUUUACUCUUGAUAGGAGGCAUAACAGGCCCUUAAAUCUUUACUUAAAAGUAUGUGACAAAUUGAAAUGAAUCAUUUCAUCAGUUUAGCUUACCAUUAAAUUCCUUGAUGGUCUGCCGUGCAUAUUUUAAGUUAUGAACAAUGUUGAAAAGAAAGGCCUUGAAGCAGCUGGUCAUGGCUUAAGUUUUCAGAGGUAGACAACAGCCCAGGCAAUCUCUUAGCACAACUUCUCUUCUGCAUUCCCCCAUAUAAUAACCUUUGCUCAGUGGUAUAGUUAGGUAAUGGCUUUGCAUUCAAAUGUGGCUUAAAUUGUACAUAAAUCACUUUUUAAAACAUUUCCUAAAGUGAUGAAGGAAACACCAGGUUCUGUAUAUGGUGGGGUCUUUAGUUUAUUAGGUAAACGUUUUCUAAGGUUACAAUUUGCCAAAAAUAAUAAUAAUGCCAUAUACCAGUGGUGUUUGGGAUAAAAAACCAACUAUUUUUAAAACCAGGAUGGCCAAAAGGGAAUUGGUUUCCUUUCACUUAGCAGAUUUGUCACAUGCCACAAAACCAUUCUUUGUAGUCAUGCUUGGUAUGAGGUUUCUUUGUUACUAUAAUCAUCUUUCUAUCCCUGCCCCAGCUAUGAAUUGUCUGAGUUUGAGGAAGCAUACAGCUUCAAUAUUGUUUAAAGAAUGUAGAGAAAUUCUCCCAAAUUUAAGUUUAAUUUUGGAACCCUAUUUCAAAGAAAGUUCCUAUUAUAGAAAGAGCUGAACUCAAAGAAUUGUUUUGUAAGUGAAGGUAAACAAUGUACAAUGACAACCAAGAGAUAUAAGAAAAAAUAAGUGAGGGGAAGGCAUGGUGCUGUAGCCUAUGAGGGGUACAGCUUUGAAGGGCAUAUAGGCCUUGAGUGAGUAGGCCCUACCUGAGACACAGAAACAGAUGCAAACCAAAAAGGAAAUAAUAAUAAAAUAAAGCAAUGAAGUAAACACAAAAAUGAAAUAAAGGUACUAAGAAUCCCUGCUUGCUUCAAUACCUAGAUCAAAGACCUAGGUUUUGCUUUGAGCACAGGUAAGUGAGACCGGCAAAUCUUGAAAAACUUACCUUGUUAAGACUUUUAAUUAAUCGUACUAGACGGGAGAGAAAGGGAGCCAUAUAAGGAUUUUUUUUUUUUAAGUAACUGUUAAAGGUCAUGAAAACCAAAGAUUAAAAACAAAAACAAAACCACCCUAAAUUGUCUGCUGGUGUAUUACUUAGUUUUUACUCCUUUUGAGGUUAAAAAUCCUGGUUGAUAAUAACUAGAGCAUAAUAUAAACUUUUUUUUUAGAACAAGUAAAUGUAGUUGGAAAGGUAAAUGUAAAACUCUAUUAACUAUUCAUAUCGAAGCCAAAUAUAAACGAUUUUUGUAUUAACAUGCUAUACAUUUUUUUCGUUUACUUUUAACCUAUUUGUGUUUUCGUGUUCCAAGUUCAUCUCUUUUAGAUAGCAUAUAGUUGGGUCUUGCUCUUUUAUCUAGUCUAACAAUCUCUGCCUUUUAUUUGGUUUGUUUAGUCAGUUUACAUUUAAUAUAAUUGGGAUUAGGUUUACCAUCCUCUGCCCCCCUCCGUGUCCCCCUUUCCUGCCUUUUGGUUUAAUCAAAUUUUGUCUUAAUUUUUAUAUUGGUUUAUAAUCUAUACUCUGUUGGUUUUUUAAGGGUUGUUCUAGGGGUUCUAAUGUGAUUCUUUAACAUCACAGUCUCCUUAAAGUUAAUAUUAUACAACUUCAUAUAAAAUACAGAACCUUGCAAGAGUAUAGUUUCAUUAGCCCUCACCCUCUUCAUUUUUCAUAUAUAUUUAUAUAUAGCUACAUACAUGAUAAACUGAACAGUAAAGUUCAUAAUUUUUGCUUCAAAUAGGCCUGUGCCUUUUUAAAAAUUAAGAGGAAAAAGAAUGUAUAUAUGAUCUGUCACAUCUGCCAAAUAACUUCCCAUUUCUGGUGCUCUUAGCUCCUUCCUAUAGAUCUGAGUGACAUCUGAUGUCAUUUCUCUUCAGUUUGAAGAAUACCUUAGAGUGCAGGCUUGCUGGUAACAAAUUCUGCUUUUGUUCAUUAAAAAUGGCUUUAUUUCACUUUCAUCUUUGAAGGAUAGUUUUAUUAGACACAGAAUUCUAGGUAAUUUUUUUUUUUUCCUUCCUUUCAGUACUUUAAAGGCAUUGUUUUCUGGCUGCCAUUGUUUCUGAUGAGACAUCAACUGUCAUUUGUAUCAUUUCCUUGUGUACGAUGCCUUUUUUUUUCCUCUGGUUGUUUUAUCUUUGGAUUUCAGUAUUUUUGACUCUGAUUUGCCCAGGUAUGGUUUUCUUCGUAUCUAUCUUGCUCGUGGAAUCCCUGGAUGGUGCAAACAUUUCACAUGCUUGACUGCUAACCAAAAUGUUGGGGCUUUGAGUCCACUUAGAGGUACAUUGGAAGAAAGGCCUGGCAAUCUGCUUUUGAAAAAUCAGCCACUGAAAACCCUGUGGAGCAUAGUUCUACUGUGACACACACACAUGGGGUCACCAUGAGUUGUACUUGCCUUGACAGCAACUGGUACUUGUGUCUUAUUUGGGGUUCAUUGAGCUUGUUGGGCCUGUAAGUUUGUUUUUCACCAAAUUUUGGGAACAUUUUGGCUAUUGUUUCUUCAAAUAUUUUUUCUGCUUGUCUCUACCUCUAGAACUCCAGUACAUUUAAUUUAUAUUAGAUCACCUGAGAUUUUCCUACGUGUCUCUGAAGCUGUUUUUCUUCAAAAUUGUUUCUAUUUUUCAGACUGAAUUAUUUGUAUUGAUUUAUUUUCAAAUUCACUAGCUCUUCUGCAGUUUUCCAGUCAGCUGUUGAGCCUACCCAGUGAAUUUUCAUUUCAGUUAUUGUAUUUUUCACCUCUAGAAUUCUUUUUUUUUUUAAUCAUUCCUGUUUCUCUGCUAAGACGUCCCAUCAUUUUAUUCAUUAUGAGUACAUUUCCUUAUAAGCUGCUUAUAAUACCUGCUUUAAAGCCCUUGUUUGCUAAUUGAAACAUUAUGUCAUAAUCAGAGUCAGUGUCUAUUGUCUGCAUUUUUCACUUCUGUGGGUCAUGUAUUCUUAUUUUUUUGUACUCCUAGAGAUUUUAUUAUAUACUGGGCAUUAUAAAUGGUUCAUUAUAACCACUAGAUUCUGCUACAUUCCUCUAAAAAGCGUGGUCAUUUUAGUUGUGGUAGGCAGUUAAUUUGGCUGGAUUGAAACUUCAUUCUGUCUCCCCUGUAGUGGAUAGUAACUAAAAUCCCUGAUCAGUUCUUUCAGCUUCCAGCUGGCUCACAGGGGUCUUUCCUAUACAAGUUGGCCAAGGAUUUGAGCAGGGUUUCUAUUCAGACUUUGGGGUUUACUGCUUUUAUAGCUCCCUUCUUUCCAGGAUCCCUGUCAUAACUUUUCAUCUGCUCUAGCAGCCCCAACCCUGUCCUUGACAUCUCAGGUCACUAAGGCUGCAGCUUUCUGCUUCCCGUAGCCUUUGGAGGAAUGAGUAAUGCCCUCAGGCAGAGAGCCACCAAAUUGCACGUUUUACCCCUUGAAGUUCCUUUUAUGUUUAGAUAACCCUCCAGUUUCUGCCUGUUUUUGGUCAGUUUCCAGGCCUUCAAUUAGUUUCUUUUUUUUUUUUUAAUUACUAUUGUACUUUAGAUGAAUGUUUACAGAACAAACCAGUUUCUUUUUAAACAGCUAGUACACAAUUAGUUUCUUUAAAAAAAAAAUUUUGUUCACCCUUAAUUAAUUUGUUACUCUUAGGGGGGUGUGUAUGGGAGCAGGGAGGACUCCACCAUUACCAGAGACUAGAGUUUACUAUAAAAAAAAAAAAAAAAAGUUACUUUAAAACCCUACAUCACUGGUUCUCAAAUUUAUCUGUACAUUGGAAUCAUCUGGAAAGCAAAAAAAUACUGUGACCUGGGCUGGGGAUUUUUAAAAGAUCCCUCGGUGGUUCCAAUGCAUAGACAAGUUUGGGAACCACCUAAACUAAGCCAUUGUUUCUCUUCUUAAGCAGAAAAUUGGAAAUUGACAAUUCAUUCUCUUUUCAGACCUAUUAAAAUUGGGUUUUGUAGUCUUUUUUAGGUAUUAAGACAAUUUUUGUAAAAGAGAUGUAAUUUGUAGAAUUAUCAUGCCGGUCAACUUGUUCAAUUGGAGUUUAAUAUAAAUUUGAUAUUUGGCACUGAGCUUAUACUAUAGUAUACAUAUAGCACUCAUAAUUAUGUGAAGCCAAGCCACCAAUGAAUAGACCUGAAAGCAGUGCAGGAAGCUAAACAUUCAGUGACAAACCAAAAAGUUUAUCUCUGGAAAACCUGGCCGGAGAGCCAAAAAGCAAUGUUGAGAGAUCAGUCUUAGGUCUCACUAAGCUCAUUAACAGGAGAAUGUGUUAAGUCUUGAUCUCCACCUAAAAUUCAUGUUCUUCAACAGACUGCCUUCUGGGCUGAGCUGAAUGAUUCAGAGGCUGAAAAGAAAAUACUCAACAAAUGCUUUGUGGCUGAAGAAAGAUUACUAACUUAUGGUUGAUGGUCAAAUAGUAUCGCCAACAAAUAAAGGAAGCACGAUAAAGCUAUGAAUGAAACAAAUAGUGUGGGGAGUUCACCAAAUGUCAAGGAAACAGUUUUUGAAUGAAAUGUUUUAUAGACACCAAUAGAAUGGACAACCUUUAGAACCGAAUCCCACGGUGGAAAUUUACUCAGAUUUGGAAAGAACUUAUUUAUAAACAGAUGCAUAUGUAUCACAUACAGAUAAGGAAAAUAUAACUAUAGAGGGAUUUCAGAAGAUAAAUUAUUACCCUAGGAAGAUUUGUCAGUAUUUAAAAAAAAAUAAUUUAAACUAUCGCCUUUGUAGAUAACAAUUACACAAAUUCGAACAUAUUUUAGCUGUUGGUAUUUGAUAGUCACUUAAAUUUAUGAUCGUAGGACAAAUUCAGCUCUUCUAUCCUGUCUCAAAUUAUUGCUAAUAUGUAUUUUUAAUAAUCUAAAGGCAUAUAUUCUCUCCACAUCAAUUUUAAUGUGAGGAUAUGGCUUUCAGAGACUAUAAAUCGGUUAAAAUACAGCACAAGAUGGCCCUUUAAAUUUUCAGAUAAGGCUUUUUUUUUUUUCCAAAAUGAUCUUGUUAGCUUUGACUUGCUACCAAUUCUGAUUGUUAAUGUUUUGUGGUUUUAAAGUUCUUUCCAGUGAUUUUUGUUUUGAAAUCUGAAUUACUAAAAUGAUUCUGUGAACAGCCAUUCAUUGUGUAUUACAUUGGUCAACUUUCGUUUCCCCAGAUGGCAGCCUAUGUGUACAGUAAAUCUACACAAUCUGGAACGUCACUAAUUUUAACCUAUCUAAUCAACAGUUCUUCCAACUGAAUGUCAUUUUUGGACAUUAAAUUACAUUACAUUAAACCCAGUACUAAAAUGAAAACACUAGAUUCGUCUGUAAAGACACAAUACUUAUUGAACACUUACUAUGUGGUAGGUACUCUACCACGCCUUGAUGUAAGGCAUUACUCCCAUU